AUGGCGACGGACGACCUGCUCAAGAAGGGCGCGAAGCACAAGACGCACGCGGCGAAGAAAACCGACACCACGACGACGCAUGGGAAGAGCAAUGGCAAAGGCGCAGGUGUCGGUGGGUUCCAGCACUUGGGCCUCAGUCCGCUCGUGUUCCGCGGGGUUAUGGCCAUGGGCUACAAAGUGCCUACGCCCAUUCAGCGCAAGUCGCUGCCGAUCGUCUUGUCGGGAAAAGACUGCGUGGCGAUGGCACGGACGGGUUCCGGCAAGACAGCUGCGUUCUUGAUCCCGAUGGUGGAAAAGCUCAAGGAACACUCGACGAAGAUUGGCGUGCGGGCUCUAGUGCUAUCGCCGACACGAGAACUGGCCGUGCAGACGCUGCGGUUCACCAAGCAACUGGCCAAGUUCACUUCGCUCAAGAUGGCGCUGAUUGUCGGUGGUGAAGGCAUGGACCAGCAGUUUGAAGCCAUUGCUGCAAACCCUGAUGUGCUCGUGGCGACACCUGGUCGUCUGAUGCACCACUUGCAGGAGAUCCCAGACUUUAACUUGAAAGCUGUCGAGUAUGUGGUCUUUGACGAAGCAGACCGCAUCUUCGAGAUGGGGUUUGCUGAGCAGUUGCAGGAAAUUUUAAAGAACAUGCCCACCGAUCGGCAGACGCUGUUGUUCUCAGCGACGUUGCCAAAGGCCCUCGUGCAGUUUGCACGGGCUGGUUUGAGUGACCCUGAGCUGAUUCGCCUGGAUGUGGAGAACAAGAUCUCGGAGAAUCUCAAGAUGGCGUUCUUCACGGUGAGGUCGUUGGACAAGCCAGCGCUCUUCCUGUACAUGGUCCGUGAAUUUUUGCCCAAGGAUGACCAGACAAUCGUCUUUGCGGCCACUCGUCACCACGUGGAGUUUCUGCAUGCGUUGCUAGCGGCGAAUCACAUCGAGGCAUCGUAUGCGUAUGGUGACAUGGAUCAGGCCUCUCGCAAAAUCAAUCUCGGCAAGUUCCGUGCCAAGAAAACAAGCCUGCUGAUUGUGACAGAUGUGGCAGCUCGUGGAAUUGACAUUCCGCUGCUGAACAAUGUGCUGAACUACUCUUUCCCACCUACGGCCAAGCUGUUCGUGCAUCGUGUGGGUCGUGCUGCUCGUGCAGGCCGUAGCGGUACGGCUUUCAGCUUUGUGGACCCGGAUGAGACUCCUUUUAUGGUCGACUUGCACCUAUACAUCGGGCGCCGACUGGAAGAUUCGUCGCCUGAGGAACACGCUGGCACGAAGCCGUAUUCGCUGAGUUCGAUGACGGUUGCAGAUGUUCAUUAUGGAGCAUUUCCUAAUGAGCUAAUCGAUCAGGAGAAUGAAGCCAUCACGGAGAUGAUGUGCAGCCAUCCGCAGGUGUCACCGCUGGUGAAAGUCUGCGACAAUGCUUACAAAGCUUACGCACGAACUCGCGCUGAUCCUUCGAAACUUUCUAUUCGUCGUGGUAAGGAGCUGGCGGUGAAGAAGAUCCACCCUCUGUUUCAGCAGGACUACGUGCUUGACAAAGGCAAAGCUGAUAAGGCAGCGUAUGUUGACUCGCUGCUUUCGUUCCGCCCGCCUCAGACGAUCUUUGAGAUCGCUGCAGGUGCACACUCGUCGGUGAAGCGUUCGUCGCCUGGUGUACAAAUGAUGGUCAAGAAGCGAAAGUUGCACGGCAAGAUCAUUGCCACAGAGACAACAAAGGCUGCUAACAAAGUCAAGGCGAAUGAAGAGGCAGCAACGAUCAACGCAAUGGCCAACAAGGAGGAAAGCGCGGGCGUUGAUGGUCAAGCGGUAGCAGCUAAGGAGAAAGCAGUCAGCGCUAUGGAUACGAUAGAAACGGAGGAAGCAGUUUUGGCUCCGAAGAAGAAGACUGUGUUUCUGUCCAAGCACGAUCGCAAACAGCUUAAGAAACGUGUGGCCGCUGGUGAGAAGGAAGAGGACGUACUGAAACAGAUAGCUGCAACGAAGGAGCAAGGGGCAACUGACGCUGUGAACUGCAAGGACCAGGAAGAUGGUGAAGGCGCGUCGUUCAAGGACGACGACAACUACAUCAGCUACAUGAAAGAUGGCGAUUAUACUACCGAAGGCUUUUUGGCGAAGAAUGCUGAUGGUGGCAAGGUGAAUGCAUUUGCUGAAGCUCGUCUGGAGGAAGCCAUCUUGGACGUGAACCCCGACGAGGCUAUUGAGAUGAACAAGAAGCGGCGCAUUCUGCACUGGGAUGUGCGCAAGAAGAAGUUUGUCAAGACUACUGCUGGUGAGCUCACGAGUCAGGGUACGCUCAAGCGCCGCAACGAGAGUGGUGUCAGUGUGCGCAAGAAACACCAUGUGGGUGAAGUGUACCGCAAGUGGCAGCAGAAGCAGCACAAACGCGUUGCUGGUGGCGGCGUUGAAACGGAGGAGGGUGGUGACGCUGAGAGCCGCAAGAUGGACUAUCGCAAUGGGAAGAAACCGCGUGGUGUGCCCAUGGCCGACCGCAGUCGCGUGAACAAGUUUGCGAAGGAUGAGCUGGCGAAUGAGGGCAAGAUCCGCAAGGAGGAGAAGCGCAAGGCUCGUUCGCGUGGAGCCAAGGUCACCUCUGGCGUGAGAUCGAAGCGUGGCAAGGGUAACGUCAAGGGCAAAAGUCACGGUGCGCCCACGAGAAGCAAAGCGAUCAUCAAGAAGCGGUAG